AGUCGAUGUGCUUUUCUCCUCCAGCUCCAAGCUGCAGUCACCCUUUCAGCAUGCUUCUGCUCGGUUCGGAUCUGCGAGGAGCCGUGCUGGAAUAACGGAGACCACACACGCUGGAAGCCUCCAGGGCUUCAUAUGAAAGUAGAUGAUUAAACCAGCAGAUGACCCGUCUGCUGCUGACCUUAUCGAGUGGACGUGGGAGCGGAGCGAGCUGCAUGAACCUCAUUAGCCGGACCCUGUCGAGCAGGGCGUAUCACAUUCUUGGAUUUGAUAACGAACGUUCAGGAAAGCAGGAAUGUGAAAAUCCACAACGUGUCAGCUGAAGCUAGAACUGCUUUUUUUUUUUUCUUCCAAGGGAUUUUAAGAUGAUCCUCAUGCUAUUUUUAUCAAGAUUUCCAGCCGAGUGACAACAUGGGGCACCCCAAACGCAGGAAGUUGAAGACUUUGGCUCUGCUCUUGUGCGUGGUGACGUUCACCACCUUCCUCUUCAGCUACACCUUGCGUCAGCCCUCAAGUUACUUCUUCAAAUACGCCUUUCGCUUGGCCUGGUCAUCCAAGGGCCCGUGCGCUUGUCAGCAGUGCAUGACCGAGGCGGACGACGACCCUUGGUUCACCGAGCGCUUCAACCAAUCCAUCUACCCGCUCAUGACCAGAGAGAACAGCGCACUCUCGGACGAAACCUACAAAUGGUGGCAGUGGCUGCAAUUGGAAAAGCGGCCAGGUAACUUCAGCGAGGUGGUGGAGGAGCUUUUCCGAGUCAUUCCUGACGACGCUCUUUACGCCGACGCCGGGCCCGAGCGUUGCCGGACCUGCGCCGUGGUGGGGAACUCGGGGAACCUGAAGGGAUCCCAAUAUGGAGGCCUCAUUGACUCCAGUCAUUUCAUUUUAAGAAUGAAUCAAGCUCCCACCGCUGGUUUCGAGGAAGACGUGGGGGCCAGGACGACGCAUCACCUGAUGUAUCCGGAAAGCGCCAAGGAUCUGGACAACGCCACCAGUUUGGUCCUCAUCCCGUUCAAGACUUUGGACUUGCAGUGGAUCAUCAGCGCCUUGACCACGGGCACCAUUAAACACACUUACAUUCCAGUGAUGUCCAGGAUUGAGGCAAACAAGAAUAAGGUGUUGAUUUACAACCCGACAUUUCUCAAGUACGUCUAUGAUUCUUGGCUGGAGGGGCAUGGACGUUAUCCUUCCACCGGCUUCCUCAGCUUGCUUUUUGCAAUCCACAUAUGUGACCAGGUGAGUGUGUUUGGCUUUGGCGCUGACCAGAAUGGAAACUGGCACCACUACUGGGAGGAGAACCUUCUGGCUGGAGCUUUCAGAGACACCGGAGUCCAUGAUGCGGAUUUUGAAUCUAAUGUCACACAUUUUUUAGCGGACAAACACAAAAUCCGAAUGUUUAAUGGUAGAUGAUGCCCGGAGGUACUUGUGCAAGUGUGCCAUUGGAUGAACAUCAAAUGAAGGUGUGAAAAGAUUAUUUUAUUUUUAUUUUUUUACAACCAGGCCCAGCCAUGAUGUAAAAUUGGUGCAACAAUUACAGGCCACUUUAUUAGGUACUCUAAAAGAGAUUUGUAUUAUUUUUUUUCCACAAAGACAGCACGGAUUCUUUUUUUCUUCAUGGAGGCAGCACUUAAUCAGAAAGCCACCAAAUUACACUUUGUCACUUUCUUGUAAUUAGUCUUUCAUCCCAUCGCUGCAGUGCCUUAACUGUAAAGCAUGUUUUGUCACACAACUGAAUGAAAAUUAUCAAGUGCCUUAAAUGAGUUUACUUUGUAUUUUGAUCAGUGUAAAGCAAAGCGACAUUCUUCAAGCUCCACCCGCUUAUCUGUCAAAUGUUUACACAUUCCUCAGAAUCACAUGAUAACAUUUGCAGAAACCUGGCUGUGCAGUUUCAAGAUAAUGAUGUGCACAUCAUCAAUGUGUAAUUUUAUGUUUUGCUUUAUGUGCCUUAAAACAUUUGGUUCUAUUUUUCUCCUCCAUAUGAGAGAAAAGGAGUUGAUUUAAACGUCAUCUGUUUGUGGGCUGCUGCCAAACAUAUCAACAGUGCCAUCAGGUGGACAAGAACUUUUUGUUGUACAUGCCACCUCAAUGCUGGUGGAUGGGAUGUGUAUGAACAUUAUUGCUUUAAUGUCCUCAAAAUGAAAUAAAGAUUCUUCUUAUUGA